GUGAGCAGUAAAACUGGAAGAAAAACAGAUGAGUGCACAUCUGUAGGUCUGACUCCACGCUGAUUCCACAGGGAAGACCAUCAGGGAAGGUUCAGACAUGAAUUUUCCAUGUGAAUUGGAUUUAGAGGAGCAGUGCCCGGUGUGUGGAGAUAAGGUUUCUGGAUACCACUAUGGCGUCCUCACUUGUGAGAGCUGUAAGGGAUUUUUCAAAAGAACUGUUCAAAACAACAAGACAUAUGUCUGUGUGGAAAACCAGCAGUGCAAAAUUGAUACAAGUAAAAGAAAAAGAUGCCCUUUUUGCAGGUUUCAGAAGUGUCUUAAUGUUGGAAUGCGUCUGGAAGCUGUCCGUGCAGAUCGAAUGAGAGGAGGCAGAAACAAGUUUGGCCCCAUGUACAAGCAUGAUCGUGCCCUCAAGCAACAGAAAAAGGCUUUGAUACAAGCCAGAAGAUUGAAAAUAGAAAGCAACCAAAAAGAAGUUACUUUCACCACCAACAUCCACUCAAUUGCUAUCCUUCAUAACACCAAAUUAAGUCCAAUCCAACUUCCGUCAUUAUCUUUGUCCCAGCCCUGUUAUUCUCCUGCUGUUAUACAGCACCAAAUCACCUCUCCAUCUAAAUGGGCUAUGAAGUUAGAGAACUACAACAACUCUGCAAAUUUGGCAGCUUUUGCUGAGGCAAUCGUUGGUCCGCAUCACACAUCCUCCAGAUCCAUUUCUACACAAAGUCCAAAGAUACCUCAGCCUAAAGCUGAGAUAGAGUUCCUACACUGUGAUCCAUAUGAACUUCAGCUGCAGAAAAAGAUGUUUUCUUGCCUGCAGCAGGAGCAAGCCUGCAGGCACAAAGAGCCCAACACCUUCAGCUCAGUGUGUGUCAUGGCUGACCAGUUGCUGUGCUCUAUUGUGGAGUGGGCUCGCACAUCCAUCUUCUUUAAGGAACUAAAGGUCUCUGACCAGAUGAGGUUGCUGCACAACUGCUGGAGUGAGCUGUUGGUUUUGGAGAUAAUCUCCAGACAGGUACUAUAUGGCAUUGAUGGCGGUCUGCUACUGAUCACUGGGCAGCAGGGGGAGCUGUCAUAUGUAGCAUCUCAUGCUGGCCCUGCUUUAGUCAGUCCGAAUCAAAGAGGGACAGAGCUUGUGGAGAAGCUUCGAAUGCUGAAGGUAGAUCAUCAAGAAUUUGCCUGCAUCAGGUUUCUAAUCCUGUUUGCCCCUGAUGUCAAGGAGCUUGAAGAACACCAUUUUGUAGAAAGUGUGCAGCAGCAGGUUGAAGGAGCCCUCCUGAAGUACACGCUGACCUCAUCAUCGCAGUCCUGCAACCGUUUCACUUGUCUGCAAUUGUAUCUGUCAGAGCUACGCUCCCUGAGCAUACUGGCUGAAGAUUAUCUAUACUACAAACAUCUGAGUGGUGAGGUGCCCUGCAACAAUCUGCUUAAUGAGAUGCUACAUGCCAAAUGCUGUUGGACAUGAGCCAAAUUGUUCUAGAACAACAUGCAAGACACUACUGUAAAGUCAAGAAUUUACUUUCCAUUUGUGUAAAAAGCAUUUCUGUAUAUCAUAUUAUUUUCAACAAGUUCUGCUUCAGUUUUGUUCUGUACUACUACUACAUCAGUUAAAUGAAAUUUAUUUGAUGUACUAGUAGUAUAUGUAUGUGAAUAUAUUUUCGUGGAUAAGCAAAUGAUCUCUUCCCUUAUUAAAAUUGCUGCUUUUGUGCUGACAUAAAUUCAGAUGUUUGUGUUUGGGUUUGUUUUGGUAUGCUCCUUGGUUUUAGGACAAAUUGUAAAAUGAUUUUCUGUGAUUCUACUAUAUAUUUAAUGGAAUGUUCUUUUGUACAAUCAACACAAGGCUUCCCUGUACACCUUUCCAGAUAAAAGGUAGCACAUUUUUCCUAAAAAACUAAUGAGGUCACAAAUCGUGAUUAAGCUGUAAAAACUUCCUUUUUGUAGUCUAUUUUAAACAUAUUGCUCCUUAAACUUCAAAUUAAAACUUGAAAUUAAUAAUAAGAAGGAUUUUCAUACAAAAAUAACCUUAGACUGACUGAAAGAACCAUACAAGGAGCAACCAAGAGAUCCAGUGUUUGGAACAAAAGCAGAGAAGUUAGUUGAAAGUAGUCAAAGAUAAUCUCAAGUCUGACCAUUUAAAGCUCUAUAUAUUAGCACUUUACGACGAAUUCUAAAAUCGACUGAUAGCCAGUGCAGAGAAUAUAACUGGAGUGAUAUGACUGAAUUUAUUGGAUUUGGUGAAAAAUCUAGCUGCUGCAUUCCGUAUUGAUUGCAAACAUGAAAUUGAGGACCUAUCCAGGCAGGUAGAAAUGAAGACUAGGCGCAAAUUCAAACUGGAAGACUCUUUAGCUCCAUCUGCAUCAUCCAACCGGUGCAUCCUGCUCAUCACAGUCAACCAAGCAAUGCUGGUCCAAGACACGUCAUGUCCAAUCACCAUCAAAGUCCCAUCCAUAGCGUCUUCCGCUUUCCAGCAGAGCUCAACCCACUUCCACCCCUUCACCUCCACUCGCCCUGCCAUUCGGCCGCAUUCUUCACCAAACCUCCAACACCAGUACCGGGUUCCUGGAGGAUGAUGUUCUUGCAAGCAUCGGGAAUGGUCAUCUGAGC